AUGGAUGAAAGUUUCGGGAAGGUAAUAGAGCUGCAGCCAGAUAUUUCGUAUCAGACAAUCAUAGGAUUUGGGGGUGCUGUAACGGACGCUGUGGGCAUCAACUGGAAAGGUCUACCAGAUGGAGCACGAACUAAUUUGAUAAACUCAUACUACAGUGCAAGUGGUCUAGAAUAUUCGAUGAUUCGAACUCCUAUUGCAAGUUCCGAUUACUCCACAUAUGUUUAUUACUACAACGGGUUUCCACAAAACGAUGCGGCGUUAACUAACUUUACUUACACAGACGAAGAUAUAGAAUAUAAGAUACCGUUCCUAACAGAAGCUUUUAACGCAGCAUCUGAGGAGUUACUAAUAUUAGCGUCUGUCUGGUCCCCACCGGACUGGAUGAAGGUGGAAAACGAAAUGUCUAAAACAUCUGUCUUAAAGGAAGAGUACUAUCAAACAUAUGCCGAUUAUCAUUGCAAAUUCAUACAACUUUAUGAAGAUGCUGGAAUUCCCAUAUGGGGGGUGACCACAUCCAACGAACCAAUCAAUGGAGCAUUGGGAAGCCUGAGUAAUAUACAAAGCCUCGGGUGGACAUUGGAAGGGGUGAGUAAGUGGAUCAAAAACAACCUCGGCCCCACGAUGCAAAACUGCACUUCACACCCGAUCAAAAUUUUAGCAAUGGACGACCAAAAAUUGUUGCUACCUUUAUGGUCUAUGGCUAUAUUAAGUAAACCAGAAGUGGCAAAAUUCGUGGAUGGCAUAGCGAUACACUCAUAUCUUGAUGGUUUAACACCAGGAUCCAUUGUGGAGGCGUGCAUGCAACACCAUCCAAGCAAAUUUGUGCUGACCACUGAGUAUUGUCAAGGAAGUCCCGCAGAUAAAAACGGGCCAGUUGAUCUUGGGGCCUGGAGUCGGGCAGAGGCUUAUGCAGUGACAAUCCUUGAUGAUCUGACCCACAACCACGCAGGGUUCGUAGAUUGGAACAUGGCUCUCAAUUCAACUGGGGGACCCAAUUGGAACCAGAAUGACGUGGACUCAACGAUUAUCGUGAACGCUACAAGCGGGGAGUUUUACAAACAGCCAAUGUUCUAUGUGAUGGGACAUUUCUCCAAAUUCGUACCGCGAGGAUCCAAGAGAAUAAAUACUGUGAGACGUUAUGCUUUACAGAGGAAUGAUAAAGUAUACGAUAAUAAUAUAUACGAUACAUAUCCAAAUGACAAAGAGGUGUACGACCACGUUGCUUUUAUAACUCCCAAGAAUACAAUAGUAGCCAUUGUAGCGAACUAUGACGAAGCACUGACCACAGCGCUUCGGAUCGGUGAACAACAAAUAAUUGUUGAUAUGGAAGCACAUUCCAUUGUUACUGUUGAAUUCCCAUACUAUGGAUAA